AGUAUGAAGAAGUGUACUGUCGAGCUUGGGCCUCGGCUGGGGCGCGUCUCUGCACGUCUCCUUCGCAACAAGUUUUGGUGCCCUUGUCUACAGCAUGAGGUCUACCACCCCAACGAGUGCCUGGAUGUCUUGGAACUGAGCGAAAGGGAGGAACAUUGCCAGGAACUGGAUGACGUGCUCAAGGACGCCGGCCCGCGAAAGGUGAGGCGGCUGGUCGGAGUGGACUGCGCCAAGCGACCCAACUGGUGCCAGGCGCUGUUGCAGCGCGUGGCCCCUCACGUGGAGUUGCUUAGGGUCAGCGGCGCUCUCCGCAGACACUUAAAAGUGAUUCAGCAAAUGCCUUCACUACGCUACUUGUAUGUCCAUGCUGAAGAUAUAGCCGUGGAGGAUGCCCCGGCACUGCCUCUGCAAUUGGUGGACUUGAAAGUGGUGAACGUCUCGGAGCAACACCUGCUGUCGGUGCAGCGCAUGCCCAACCUGCGCAAGCUCGCCUUGGAUUGGGAUGAAGAUCCGUUGGACGUGACGUUCCCCCCGCUGCCGGAGGGUCACCGCGGCCUGGAGUGGCUCUGGGUGGCUCUACAUCCGGUGUCCACAGUGCUGUCGCUGGCCAAGGCCCACGCCGCCACGCUGCAGGAACUGCGAAUUUUGUGCGCGUCCGAAGGGGACUCGGAGUGGCACUUCGAGGACCUGGCGGAGGGGCUGCACCAGUGCGGGCUGGUGGCGUUGAGACGCGUCGUGCUGCUGCGUGCUGGAGCUCCAGGCUACCCCGACGAAAAGCUGCCCCACACCAAGGACACGUGUACGAAGCAGAAGAAUGCUAUCUGGGACGAACUGGUGGUGGCCAACACGAUGCAGACCGUCAAGGUCCUAUGCGGCGAGUGCGACGAGUGUCCGGACUUCCCUGCGUUAGGGGAGUUCGACUGGAUCGACCAGUAACUGGGAAGAUGAGUGGAGGGGAUUGUCCACCUUGGGAUUUCUGGAGAUUGUCGGUCUGUUUUUAAGAUUGUUCUCUUUUUUUGUGGUGACCCGGAUCUGUUUUCAACUACGAACCACAAUAUCUGCUUCAUCACCACAUAGAGUUGUAAUUAGCGGACAUUUGUAUCGAGAAACAACAAUAAAGAAUUGAGUGCAAUGUU